AUAGCUCCUUCCGCAGCUUGCUUUGCUGCAAUGAGCAACCGGAGGAGACACGCCAGUGAUGAUUAUGAAAUUGAUGCAAAGAGACACCGUGGAUUGCCUGAAUACGAUGAAGUAGAGCGAAGGCUCCAAACACUUAUCAUAAGAGUCGACGAGAGUGUGAGGAAUAUGAUUCCCUGUUGCGGUCCUGAUUUCAUUUCUUUCUAUUUUCAGAGUGCCACUUCUUCAUUGGAGAGUAAUCUGGAGAGUUUAUGCACUCUUCUAGAAGCCGAUCUUGAUAAAUAUCGAACAAAGAUUAUUGAGAUAAUCACAUUAUGUGUGUGUCAGCUGCCAGACAAAGUGACAGUAUACUCUACAUUAGUUGGGCUUUUAAAUGCGAAAAACUUCAAUUUUGGUGGAGAGAUAGUCGAAAAGCUGGUCUCUGAUUUACAGACUAAGCUUGAAGCUGAAGAUUAUGAGCAUGCGAUGUAUAUAAUAACUUUUCUCUGCGAUCUUGGUAACAGUCGAGUUCUUACGCUUAGUUCUAUUACCGAAUUCCUCGAUGGACUGAUGCAAUCGGCUUUUGAGGAAAAUGUCCCACAGGUACCCACAACUAUCUUGAGUUUUACCUUUAGGAAUUGUAUUAGUGCACGUACGGAUUGGUUUGUUUACGUGGUGUUGCGCGUUUUACCCUGGAUUGGACUUGAAUUAAACGAGAAGAAGAAAGAAGAGCUCGAUAACAUCCUAGAAGGCGCCAGCAAGUACAUUGAGGGUAGGAAGAAAAUUCAUGUGCGGAUGCUUCAAGUUUGGAGUUCAAACACACCUCACGAGCAGGAAGAUUAUUUGGAUUGCCUUAUGGCUCAAGUGACAUCUUUAAAAAAUAAUGACUGGAAAGAGAAACAGAUAGCGAGACACUAUGUUGCUUUCGACGCAGCCCUUCAAGAUGCGUUGCAGCACAACUUGCCAAGCUUUUCGCCUCCUAUCCACAGUGAAGGUGCGAAUUACCCACUUCCUAUGGUUGUAUUUCGCCUUUUUGACUAUGCUGAUUGUCCAGAAGAUGGUACAGUUCUCCCUGGUGCACAUUCGAUUGAGCGAUUUUUGAUCGAAGAAGAACUGAACUGGAUUAUUGAUUUCAAUGCUACUGAUAGGAAAAUAUGGCAC